AUGUCCUUUAAACCAGGGUCGCUCUGCUAUUAUCAACAUGGAUUUGUGGUCGACCACAGCUCUAUCCAUGCGAGAACGAAUCUGACAUCGGCUGUUUUUAUAUCUAUUUAUCUAUCGCAGUCUGUUCAUAUCUAUUUAUCUCAGUCUAUUCUAUCUAUCUAUCUAUCUAUCUAUCUAUCUAUCUAUCUAUCGCAGUCCGUUUCUUUCUGUCUGUCUGUCUGUCUAUCUAUCUAUCUAUCUAUCUAUCGCAUUUUGUCUUUAACUUUAUACUAUCUAUCUAUCUAUCUAUCUAUCUAUCUAUACUUUUCAUAUCUAACAUUUUAUCUCUCUUACCUUAGAGAAUCGCUUCAUAUGUGUAAAGAUGCGUGUGUUUCUCUGACUCACUCAGCCCCCUUCUCCUCACCACCCACGCCCUUAUGUUUGCUUUUCUUUUCGUCAAUAACACAAGCCCGCCUCUUUGCAAAUCUUGGCAGUUCUUGUUUUUCUUCUUGUUCUUGUUCCUCUUCUUCUUCUUCUACUCUCAAUUUCUCCCUCUGUCCUCUCUCUCCUUCUCUCUCCUUCUCUCUCUCUCCCUCUCCCUCUCUUUUUCUCGCUUUGCUAUGCAAUGAAAACAGUCAUUUUUCUCUUUUAAUUUCUUUUGCUCAUUCUAUCCUCUACUGUAAUCGUUUUUAUCUUUCUAUCCUUCUCCCUUUCCUUCUUUCAUUCUUGCCCUCUUCUUUUUCUUUCGCUCCUUCCAUCUGUCUCUCAUUAAUAUUUGUUUUCUUUCUCUCUCUUUUCUUCUUUUCUAUAUUUACAUUCUUCUCUCUUUUCUUCUAUCUCUCAUUAAAUAAUUCUUUUUUCUUUCAAACAAUCUUUCCUUUCUUACGUACUUUUCUCUUUCCUUCAUUCCAAAUUUUCUUUAUUGUCAUUUUUCUUUCUAUCAUUCAUUCUUUCUUUGUCUUUGAAACUCUGGGAAUUCUUCUCUCUCUUUCUUACACUAACUUUUUUAUUUGCUUCUUCAUUAAUCUAUCUUUCUUUUUUCUUACUAUUCUUCUUAUUUAUUCUCCCUCUUUGGCCAUUCUUCUUCCAAUAAUUUUCUUUUUACUCUUUAUUUUUCUUUUUCUUUGGCUCUUCUUAUCAUUACAUUCUUUUUCCUUUUUUAUUUUCGCACCUUCCCUUUUCCCUUUCUCUUUUUAA